CUGCGGCGGUGGCGGCGGCAGCAGCGACGGCGGCGGCGGUAGCAGCCUGCGCGGUGCCUUCUGGGAACGGAAUCCCCAGGGCUGCCCCUGGCCCCCAUGGCGCAUGCGCGGGAGGCCGCUCGGUGAUCCGCGGCGGCGGCAGCGGCGCUUCCUGCUAGGACCGGCCGGGGCCGUACCGGAGGCUCGGGCUCCACCGACCCUCCUCCCACUCCCUCCCACUCACCCUCUGGGCCGCGACUGCGCAGGGCGGGGCCGGCCGAACCAUGGGCCGCGGUGUGGGCUAAGCCGGCGGCCCCGGCUUUAGACUGGACCCCACAAUGUUUGCAGAGAUGUUCAGGCACGUGGGAGCUGAUUACACACAAUGAAUGGGGGCAAUGAGAGCAGUGGAGCAGACAGAGCUGGGGGCCCUGUGGCCACAUCUGUCCCCAUCGGCUGGCAGCGCUGUGUUCGAGAGGGUGCUGUGCUCUAUAUCAGCCCAAGUGGCACAGAGCUGUCUUCCUUGGAGCAAACCCGGAGCUACCUCCUCAGCGAUGGGACCUGCAAGUGCGGUCUGGAGUGUCCACUCAAUGUCCCCAAGGUUUUCAACUUUGACCCUUUGGCCCCGGUGACCCCGGGUGGGGCUGGGGUGGGGCCAGCAUCAGAGGAGGACAUGACCAAGCUGUGCAACCACCGGCGGAAAGCCGUUGCCAUGGCAACUCUGUACCGCAGCAUGGAGACCACCUGCUCACACUCUUCUCCUGGAGAGGGAGCGAGCCCCCAAAUGUUCCACACUGUGUCCCCAGGGCCUCCCUCUGCCCGCCCUCCCUGUCGAGUUCCUCCUACAACUCCGCUUAAUGGGGCGCCUGGCUCCCUUCCCCCAGAACCACCUUCAGUUCCACAGGCUUUCCCCCCUCUAGCGGGCCCUGGGGGGCUCUUCCCACAGCCAAGGCUUCCCGACCCAGUCCCCUCUGGAGGCAGCAGCAGCCCUUGUUUCCUGCCAAGGGGCAAUGCCCCCUCUCCAGCUCCACCUCCUCCACCUGCUAUCAGCCUCAAUGCUCCCUCAUAUAGCUGGGGAUCUGCUCUCCGAUCCAGCCUGGUGCCCCCUGACUUGGGCUCUCCUCCAGCUCCCCAUGCCUCCUCCUCACCACCUUCUGACCCUCCUCUCUUCCACUGUAGUGAUGCCUUAACACCCCCUCCCCUGCCCCCAAGCAAUAAUCUCCCUGGUCCCCCUGGCCCCCCUGGUCCUGCCACUCAGCCACCAGUGUCUUCAGCCACUAUGCACCUGCCCCUGGUCCUGGGGCCCCUAGGAGGGGCCCCCACGGUGGAGGGGCCCGGGGCACCCCCCUUCCUUGCUAGCAGCCUACUCUCUGCAGCGGCCAAGGCACAGCACCCCCCUCUCCCCCCUCCCAGCACUUUACAGGGCCGAAGGCCCCGUGCCCAGGCGCCCUCAGCUUCCCACUCCUCAUCAUCACCCCGCCCCUCUCAGCGUCGUCCCCGCCGCCCCCCAACUGUACUGCGAUUGCUAGAAGGGGGAGGUCCUCAAGCCCCUAGACGGAGCCGCCCUCGGGCCCCCGCUCCCGCCCCACAGCCUUUUCCUCUCCCUGAGCCCUCCCAACCUAUUCUCCCUUCUGUGCUGUCCCUGCUGGGACUCCCCACCCCUGGCCCUCCCCCCUCUGAUGGAAGCUUUAACCUUUUGGGGUCAGACGCACACCUUCCUCCUCCCCCAACCCUCUCCUCAGGGAGCCCUCCCCAGCCCAGGCACCCCAUCCCGCCCUCCCUGCCUGGGACCACCAGUGGCAGCCUCAGCAGUGUGCCAGGUGCCCCUGCCCCACCAGCUGCCUCCAAAGCCCCCCUAGUCCCUAGCCCUGUGCUUCAAAGCCCAUCCGAAGCGCUCGGGAUGGGAUCGGGCCCAGCCUGCCCUCUGCCUCCCCUGGCUGGUGGGGAGGCUUUCCCGUUCCCCAGCCCCGAGCAGGGCCUGGCACUGAGUGGAGCCGGCUUCCCGGGGAUGCUAGGGACCUUGCCUCUCCCUCUGGGUCUGGGGCAACCUCCGCCUUCUCCAUUGCUCAGCCACAGUUUAUUUGGCGUGCUGGCUGGGGGAGGGGGACAACCUCCCCCGGAGCCCCUGCUACCCCCACCAGGGGGACCUGGCCCUCCCCUAGCCCCAGGCGAGCCCGAAGGGCCUUCGCUUUUGGUGGCUUCCCUGCUUCCACCACCCCCCUCAGACCUUCUUCCACCCCCUUCUGCACCCCCUAGCAACCUCCUUGCCUCCUUCCUGCCCCUGUUGGCCCUGGGCCCCACAGCUGGGGAUGGAGAGGGAUCUGCAGAGGGAGCCGGGGGUCCGAGUGGGGAGACAUUUUCAGGUUUGGGAGACCUGCCCCCCUUGCUGUUCCCCCCACUUUCAGCACCCCCCACCCUCAUAGCUUUAAAUUCUGCGCUGCUGGCUGCCAGCCUGGAUCCCCCGUCAGGGGCGCCCCCCCAGCCCUGUGUCCUGAGUGCCCCCCAACCUGGACCACCUACCUCCAGUGUCACCACGGCAACUACUGACCCGGGGGCCUCCUCUCUGGGCAAGGCCCCCUCCAACUCAGGGAGACCCCCCCAACUCCUUAGCCCUCUGCUGAGUGCCAGCCUGCUGGGUGACCUGUCUUCGCUGACCAGCAGCCCUGGAACCCUCCCCAGUCUGCUGCAGCCUCCUGGCCCUCUUCUCUCUGGCCAGUUGGGGCUGCAGCUCCUCCCUGUGGGGGGAGCUCCUCCACCCCUCUCAGAGGCUUCUAGUCCCCUAGCCUGCCUGCUACAGAGUCUCCAGAUCCCUCCAGAGCAGCCAGAAGCCCCCUGUCUGCCCCCUGAGAGCCCCACCUCAGCCCUUGAACCGGAGCCUGCCCGGCCUCCCCUCAGUGCCUUAGCCCCACCCCACGGUUCUCCCGACCCCCCAGUCCCUGAGCUGCUCACUGGGAGGGGGUCAGGGAAACGGGGCCGGAGGGGAGGAGGGGGACUUAGGGGCAUUAAUGGUGAGGCCAGGCCAGGCCGGGGCCGAAAGCCUGGCAGCCGGCGGGAGCCUGGCCGACUGGCCCUCAAGUGGGGGGCACGUGGUGGCUUCAAUGGACAAAUGGAACGGUCCCCAAGAAGGACCCACCACUGGCAGCAUAAUGGGGAACUGGCUGAAGGGGGUGCUGAGCCCAAGGAUCCAUCCCCUUCUGGGCCCCAUUCUGAGGACCUUAAGUCUGUCUUUUCUCAGGUGCCCCCAGGGGUAGUCAGAAAGUCUCGUCGUGGCCGGAGGAGAAAAUACAACCCUACCCGGAACAGCAACAGCUCCCGCCAAGACGUUACCUUGGACCCCAGCCCCACAACCCGCGCGGCUGUCCCUCUGCCUCCCCGGGCCCGCCCUGGCCGUCCUGCCAAAAACAAGAGGAGGAAACUGGCCCCAUAGCAGCCAUACCUGGAGCUGGAUCUGACCCUGACUGGGGAGAGCUGAGUGCUGAGCCUUGGGAGCCCCUGCCAGCCACGUGCACCUGUGGACAGUGGGUGGGGGCACUACUCCCCACUCAGAGCACAAAUGCAACCCCUUCCCCACAAUCCCAUCCUGAGCCAUUGCAGGGGGUAGGGAGGUCACCCCCUCCCCCCCAAAGCCAUGUCACUGAAAAGGCCUGGGGGGGGUAUAUGGCCCUCUCCCCACCAGGUUAAGGGGAACACCCCUUUCCCCAGGUCUUUUAUUUGUUUAAGUUAUUUUUGCACAAAUGACUCUUUUAUAUUUAAUUCGACUUCAUUGCCUCCCUUCUCGAAGCCAGCAGGCUCAGUUUACAAACCUGUGAGCUACUGUUGGCUGCUGCCCUCCUUCCCAGUGAAAGGUACAAAGCAAUAAGCAUCAUGCACCCUCCCCUCACCCCUACAACACCCCUCUGCCUCUGGCUCAGGUUGCUCAAAGCACAGAUCCCUUCUUACCCCUGUCCCCAGGUUUGAAACACAUAGCCUCAUUUCAAGGUGUAGCCAGCUUCCCUCUACUUUCCUCUGGGAUAUAAAAAGGGGGUAAGGGGGCAAAGAGAGCCGUCUGGGUCUCUCCUCCCAUACACACUACACUGCCCCUUCUCCCCCCAUCAAAACGCUCAGAGACGUUGUGAUGAUGCGACUGAGGAUUAUGCAACGUGGUCCAACCGGAGCGGCCAGCAUGACCAGCUGUCCAGGGGCUGCCUCCUGCCUUUUCUUUUGUAAAGACAAGACCUUUGGGAGUUUUAAUUCUGUUUUGUACUUGCCCUUUGGGGCCUCCACUGCUUUUCUAUGGGAGACACUCUUAAUUUAACAGAUGAGAAUAUUUUGAAACUCUG